GACACUAAAGAAUGACAAUCAAUGGCCGAGUUUAUACUUCUUUCAAUAAUAAAAGUUCAUUUUUAAGAUUACUUUGAUUAAAUGGCCAAAAUUCUUACACAUCAAGUGUAAAGUAUUAUAUCACGUUAUUACUUAACUUUAAAUCAAGGACAAAGCUCCAUUUGCUGUAAAAUGGAUUCCGAAGAUCUCUUAGCUCGUGAAAAUGAAUUCAAAAAACUCAAUAAACAAUUAGAAAAGAAAACAGAAAGCUUAAUGAAAGAAAUUGAAAAUGUUAUGCAAAAACAGGACAUAUUCUCAGAGUUUAGUAGGCUAACUCUGAGUCCCGCGCAUAGCAACACCAAGAAGCAUUGCUGCCAAACACCCCAAUCAUCAAACACAGUUACACCAGAAAAAAAAAGUUCAACACCUUUCAAAAAUAAAAACAAACAUCAACAAAAAGUUCCUAUUACAAAUACAAAUUCAAAUCUAUUAUCCUACAAUACUAGUAAUGAACUAGUGAAUGGAUACAAUAUAACAGAAGCCACAGAAACUGGAUGUAACAAUAUAACAAACUGUAGAAAUAUUAAAACAAAGUGUAACUGUGAAUGUUACAUUCUAUGUACUGAUAGUGAUAAGAAAAGAAAUGAUGAUUUUGAAUUUUUAUACGCUUUUGUAUCUGUUAGCAUUAAGGAUAACAUAAUGCCAGCAUCUUUUUUAAAAGAUAAUUUAACGGUAGAAAGUAUAUGCAAGUUUUUGUCUGCAAAAGUGAAAUUGAUGCAAGAACAAAUUGAUAAGCUACAGGCGACUAUAGAUAAGAAGGCAAAGCAAUGUGAUAAACACAUGAGCCAUCUAGCCGAGUUGGAGAGUGAGAGACUGGGUCUACUGAACCGCGCGAACGGAUUGAGGUCUGAAACAGCAGACAUGAAGGCCAAACAUGCGGCUAUACAAAAUAGGCUCAAUGAAAAAGACCGGCUCUACAAAGAGCAAAGGAGUGUGACAGACAAACUGACGUCAGAACUGAAGCAGCUGCGAUCUAGAAACGUUAGUCUCGAGGCGCGGUGUGCGGCGCAGGAGGAAUCUAUCACUACCCUCAAACAACAGCUCGAGACAGCCAAAAUGACAGAAAAGGAGUUUCGAGAUUCCACCCGCGCCCUCUCGUCCUCCCACCAAGCGACGACGCAGCGUCUAGAGGCGCGCGUGAAGACGCUACAACUGUGCGCGGACAGACAGAGCGCUCUCAUAGACAACCUGAGGAAACAGAACGCGCUGCUACAGACUGACGGUGCUUUGAGGACCCUGGAGAAAGAGUAUUAUGAAUUUUUGAAGCAGGACUUGUAAUUUAAGGACACAUAAGUUAUGUUUUGACGCUCUAAAAGAUCCAAUACCAUUUCAUUUUAUUACCAGAAGAAUGUUAAAAUUGCAAGUGGAUCUUGCAUUUCCACAAGAGGAGAAGGCCAAAGGAGAGAUAAGUCUGUACAGGGAACAGAUGAUAAGUCGUCGAUGCAGCAUCUAGAGGCUUGCGUAAAGACGCUUCAACUGCGCGUGGACAGACAGAGCGCUCUCAUAGACAACCUGAGGAAACAGAACGCGCUGCUACAGACUGACGGUGCUUUGAGAGCUCUGGAGAAAGAGUAUUGUGAAUUUUUGAAACAUGACUUGUAAUUGGACACGUAUGUUAUUUAAACGCCCUAAGAGAUUGACCUGUUUCAAUAAAUAUUCUGGAUCUGCCAAUGCCAUUUCAUCAAUAUGUUAAUAAACAUUACCCUUCUUGCAGUUGGGUAAAAACGAGCGAUGACAGUCAUAUUUCUAGAAAAAAGUUGAAAUUGCAUGUGGAUCCUUCUACUCUUGACCCAUGUUGAUGUAUAUUCAUUUGGUAGGUCUAAGAAUAGGAUAUCUCUUGUUCAUAAACCUAAGUGUUCCACUUAGGGUGGUCCAUCCAAUAUUUGCGGUUUUUUUAAUAAUCCCUAGAAAUAAUUUGAAGGCAAAACAACUUUUGCCGGUCAGCUAGUAUUUUAAUAGUGUUUUAUACAUAACAUACAUAAAAAGUACAAAUAAAUAAAGUACAUGAAGUA